ACUCAAAUACUGCUGCGAAACCUUCCCUCAGCAAUACACUCAUAUUCUCGGCCCCGUAAUGCCUCUAUAUUGAAGCCAGUGCGCUUCGUUUUAAACCUACAUUUCACAUAUUGCAGCUAGAACAGCACCAGUUCAACGUAACGUGCAGCAUUAUUGUUUUUUUCUACUCGCAUACUAAACAGACAGACGUAGCGGGCGACUGCGCGACGCUCGACGGCUGAUUCGUCAGCACAGCCCUCGUGAAGCGUAGAAGAAAAAAUCACCGAGGACGUGUGAAGAGUCGCGGCUGGCUUCGAUCGAGUAUCUACGUUAACAGGCCGCGUGUCGCGAGCGCUAAAUGUCGUUGAGCACGUAUUUUAAAAACGCGUUGUGCGGUGUGUCGGAUUGGCGAAUGUGCCGACGCCGAUCGCGCGCUGGCCCCUUUGUUCGAUCGCUUCAGUUCCUGGUGUUAUUCAGUGUGUGAUGAUCAGAAUUCAUAAAGGACUCAGUUAUUGAGCUCAACCCCGUCCGAUCUGAAUUAAACACAUCUCAGUGUGAAUUCUUAUUCUCGGAGUGAGCGUGAAAUCCGCCGCGGACUCUGGAGUAAUGUGAGCCGGUCCUGUGGGGGACGCUGCAGUGUGCGUUGUCGUGAUGGGGCUGGACUUUGACGUGAAGACGUUCUGCCACAACCUGCGGGCGAGCAAGCCGCCCUACGAGUGUCCGGUGGAGAGCUGCCGCAAGGUCUACAAGAGCUACAGCGGCAUCGAGUACCACCUCUACCACUAUGACCACGACAACCCGCCUCCGGCCCAGGGCACCCCGCAGAAGAAGCGCAAGGGCCGGCCGCCGCGGGCCUCCCUCCCGGGCUCCGGCGACGGCCCCGACUCCAGCACGGGGUCCGGGGUCACGGGGCAGGGCCCGCCGCCGGGCAGCCCCGCCGAGCGCUCGGAGCACUCGCACUCGCCCGUCAGAGAGAGCAUGACCUACGCCGAGGCCCAGCGCAUGGUGGAGCUGGAGAUCCGCGGCCGCGUCCACCGCAUCAGCAUCUUCGAGAACCUGGACGUGCUUUCGGAGGAGGACAGCGGCGCCGAGGACCCCCCGUCCGCCGGGAUGACCGGCUCGGCCGCCUGCAACGGAGAGGCCGGGGGAAUCGGCAAGGACCGGCUGGACGGUUCUGCGGCCAACGGGGAGAAAGGGGCGCAGAAAACAGGAAAGCACAAGAGCAAAGACAAAAAGAAAGACAGCAGCUCGCACCAUCACAUGAACCCGCCGGUCAAGCUGCCCGAGGUGGUGUUUCGAGAGCUGGAUCAGGAGAGACCGGACGCACCACCUCGACCCAUGUCUUACUACAGGUACAUCGAUAAGUCUGCCGAGGAGCUGGAUGAGGAGGUGGAGUACGAUAUAGAUGAGGAAGACUAUAUCUGGCUGGACAUCAUGAAUGACAAGCGUCGCGCCGACGGGGUGGCGCCCAUCCCUCAGGAGGUCUUCGAGUAUCUGAUGGAUCGGCUGGAGAAGGAGUCCUACUUCGAGAGCCACAACAAGGGUGACCCUAGCUCUCUGAUCGAUGAAGAUGCGGUGUGCUGCAUCUGUAAUGACGGCGAGUGUCAGAACAGUAACGUGAUCCUGUUCUGUGACAUGUGUAACCUGGCGGUGCAUCAGGAGUGUUAUGGAGUGCCCUACAUCCCCGAGGGACAGUGGUUGUGUCGCCGCUGCCUGCAGUCUCCCUCCAGAGCCGUCGACUGCGCCCUGUGCCCUAACAAGGGUGGUGCGUUCAAGCAGACAGACGACUCGCGCUGGGCUCAUGUUGUGUGUGCUCUCUGGAUCCCUGAGGUGUGUUUUGCUAAUACGGUCUUCCUGGAGCCCAUCGACAGCAUCGAGCACAUCCCUCCGGCCCGCUGGAAGCUGACCUGCUACAUCUGUAAGCAGCGCGGCUCCGGAGCCUGCAUCCAGUGCCACAAAGCCAACUGCUACACGGCCUUCCACGUCACCUGCGCUCAGCAGGCCGGUCUCUACAUGAAGAUGGAGCCGGUGCGCGAGACCGGUGCAAACGGCACGUCGUUCAGCGUGCGCAAAACGGCCUACUGCGACAUCCACACGCCGCCCGGCUCCGCCCGGCCCCUGGGGGGUGUGGGUGGGGCCAGCAUAGGCUCCUCCCACAGCGAGGGCGAGGCCGAGGACGAGGAGGAUGUGGCGGGUGGAGAGGAAGACGGGAAGGGCUGGAGCUCAGAGCGCGCCAAGAGGGCCAAAGCCAAGUCACGGCUGAAGAUGAAGAGGGCCAGGAAGAUCUUGGCCGAGAGGAGAGCCGCCGCUCCGGUGGUGUCCGUGCCCUGUAUUCCACCGCACAAGUUGAGUAAGAUCACCAGUAACCUGACGGUGCAGAGGAAGAGUCAGUUCAUGCAGAGGCUGCACAGCUACUGGACGCUGAAGAGACAGAGCCGAAACGGCGUGCCUCUCCUGCGCCGCCUCCAGACGCACCUGCAGUCCCAGCGGAACGCCGAGCCGCUCGCCAACACGAGGGACGGCCAGGAGAAACACUCCAUGCUCAAGGAGCAGCUGAAAGCCUGGCAGAGACUCCGGCACGACCUGGAGCGAGCCCGGCUGCUGGUGGAGCUCAUCCGCAAGAGAGAGAAACUCAAGAGAGAGACCAUCAAGAUGCAGGAGGUGGCGCUAGAGAUGCAGCUGACUCCGUUCCUGGUGCUGCUGAGAAGCACGCUCGAACAACUGCAGGAGAGAGACACCAAUAACUUCUUCACUGAGCCUGUACUUUUAAGUGAGGUCCCAGAUUACCUGGACCACAUCGAGCGGCCCAUGGACUUCCAGACCAUGUGGAAGUGCUUAGAGUCGCAUCGCUAUCUCAGCUUCGAAGCCUUCGAGGGGGACUUUCUGUUGAUCGUCAACAACUGCUUGAAGUACAACGCCAAAGACACUGUUUUCUACCGCGCUGCGCUGCGACUGCGAGAAGCGGGUGGUGCUGUUUUACGGUAUGCGCGCAGACAGGCCGAGAGAAUCGGAUUCGAUUACGAGACGGGCAUGCAUCUUCCUCGAGAGCCAAGCCCGGAUUCACCGCGCGAACGAGAGAGAGACCGAGACCGAGACAAGGACCGAGACCGAGACAGAUCAGCAUCGCUCAUUGAUGACGAUUUCCUGGGAGAGAACCGGCGGCGCUUGCCCGUAGAGGAGCAGCUGCAGGUCCUGCAGGCACACUACGAGGAGGUGAUGUCCGGGAAGCACAGCAUCGGUCAGUCGCGGCGAGCUAAAGCCCUGAAGAAAGAGAUGACGGUGCUGAAGCGGAAGCUGGCCCACCAGCGCGAGGGCCUCUGUGUCAUGGGCGGCCUGGAGUCGGGCCUGUCGCUGGAGCGCGGCUCGGUCCUGGUGCAUCACGGCUCGGGCGGAAACCGCCACGAUGAAGGAGAGAGCAGCAGCCAUGAGAUCGGUGGGAAAGAUCUCAGCACAUCAUCUUCAGCUCUGGCCCCUGAGGUCGGCCGGCGCACCUCUGUCCUCUUCUCCAAGAAGAACCCUAAAGCCGCGGGGCCUCCCAAGCGCCCGGGUCGACCCCCUAAGAACCGAGAGGCGCUGCACGGGCCGGGGGUGCUAGGCUCCAGUCCCAUAGGCCCUCCUCAGCUCCCCUCGCUCUCCUCGUCCCGCAAGAGACCCCACAGUCCCCAGUCCAGCUCCAGCUCCGAGUCCGACAGCGAGCACGAACACCUCAUACUGGAUCUUCCUAGUAAUGGUUUUGGUGGAAGCGGUCAGCCGAAAACCGAGAGUUUCCUGGUGUACAGGAACGAGCGCAGUCUGCCACGCUCCAGCUCUGACUCUGAGUCCACCAGCAGCAGCAGCAGCAGCGCUGCGUCCGACAGGACCAGUACCACUCCUUCUAAACAGGGCCGUGGAAAAGCCUCGUUCUCGCGCUCGGCCUUCCAGGAGGACAGCAGCGAGGAGACGUCAGGCACCGAGAACGACUCCUACUCUAUAGGAGGAUCCCGAGGAGUGUCUCACUUGGUUCGGGGCCGGGGCCGCUCCGGCUGCUGGAUGAGUUCUGAUGACUACAGCUCUCUGGACGCUCUGGAUCUGGUGUGGGCCAAGUGCAGAGGAUACCCAUCAUACCCCGCUCUGAUCAUUGAUCCCAAGAUGCCACGGGAGGGCGUGUUUCACCGGGGCGUCCCCAUCCCCGUCCCUCCUCUGGAGGUGCUGAAGCUCGGAGAGCAGAUGACGCAGGAGGCCAGGGAACAUCUCUUCCUCGUGCUCUUCUUCGACAACAAGAGGACCUGGCAAUGGCUGCCACGCUCCAAACUGGUUCCUCUGGGCGUCAAUCAGGAUCUGGACAAAGAGAAGAUGCUGGAAGGCCGGAAGUCGAACAUCAGGAAGUCUGUUCAGGUGGCGUAUCACCGCGCCAUGCAGCACCGGAACAAAGUCCAGGGCGACCCCAGCAGCGACACGAGCGACAGCGACUGAACACACACACUCCUGACCGCAGAAACACACUCUGAUCCCCUCUACUCUGGUGCUAAAGCGCUGCGGGCCCGGUGCGUCAGGCGUGUGUUUAUUGUUCGAUGCGGCUGUAGACACAGUCUGUUUACCUCACACUACAGCCAGUAUUCCUGAUACACACUCUCUGUCAGAGAUAAAGCACCACCUGCGUUCUAGAGCGGCGUGUGUGUGUGUGUGUGUGAGAAUCCCUGUGUGAACGCCGGCAGAUGAGGCUGACCUGAAAAGCAUGCUACACUUUUAUGCAGAACAUGCACAAGUGAAACGUGACGAUGUAUUUAUUUGUUCUUCCAAGCGGUCCUCAUCUGGUGAAACGGUGUAUCUGUCCGUGUUUGUUGUGUAUAUUUCUCUCAUGUUCUGUACCGUUCUUUAAGAACGAAUGAACGAAUCCAUGACUAACUGUUGUCCGACCAUGUGCCAGUUCUGUCACUGUAGAACUUUUAUACAGUAUAUAUAUAAAUAAUACAUGCGAUAGACUUUAAUAAAAAAAAGUUUGAGUUUUGUA